UAUCCAUGAAUCCAUGAAUUGCAUUCAUUAGGGCCUGAUUAGUUCAGUAGAGAGAGGUUUUUAAAUGUAUAGGAAAACCACAAUCAUUAUUGACAUGAUAAAUUACAAUUUCCUUGAUAGAUAUAAGGUGAUUUUAAUUUUGUUAAAUCGCGCUUUUAAAGUGGACAAGAAACAUUUCAGUUUGUACAAGUUGUUUAAGGGAUUAAAUGUAAUAGAAUUUAUUUGGGGGGAUUUUUAAUACAAAAUGUUUACACACUAAAUUAUAAUAUUUUUAUGUUUGUUACCACUCUAAACGUUUGCGCUAGUGCACCGCCAUUUUGCCCGUGCAGCACUAGUGACAUCACAAGGUUGGUUGGUUGAAGAGCGCAGGUACAUAGCUUUCAGUCACGGUUAAGGAAAAAAGCUUGUUGUUUGUUGAGAUUAUGGAUGAAGACGAAGCUGAACAGGGUUUUGAUCUGGUUCUUACGGUGGCCCUGAAGUGCAAAACAAAUUAACAUGUCAGAAAACACAUUUACAAAUAUUAAAACAAAUUUACAAACGUUAAAACACUUUUACAAACAUUAAAACACUUUUACAAACAUUAAAACACUUUUACAAAUAUUAAAACACUUUUACAAACAUUAAAACACUUUUACAAACGCUGAAACACUUUUACAAACUGCGAUUUCUUACGGAAAGGGAGGGGCUAACACACAGGAAGUGCUUGCUGUGGACCCAAGCUGCUUCGCGGUGAAAGAGAGUGGAGUGGAGCUAAAUACGCGAAAAUAUGUUCUGUCCGUUUUGUGGCAAGCAUUUUAGCCAACUGGCACGCUUCUGUUUUUCAUGUGGAAGAACGCUGGACUUUUUAAAAGAGCAGACGGAAGAAGAGAUAAUGGAUUUGUGUGUAGGGUAUUUCAAUGCAGGCCACUCUUAUGGUGUUAUUGUUGACAUGAUGUUCACUUUACAUGGCGUUAGCCUUAGCUUGCUGAGCCUUAAAACUAAGCUUAAAGAGGCUGGACUGUUCCAUAGAAAGCAGUAUUCCUCUACGAACGCAGUCAGAAAUGCUAUUAGGUUGGAGCUUCGUGGACCUGGACAGCUCUUUGGAUACCGAACGAUGUGGCAAGUUCUCAAGCAAAAGUACAGGUUGCGAGUGAAGAGAGAUGUUGUUAUGUUACUACUCCAGGAGCUCAAUCCUCGAGGAUGCGAGAUGAGCGCACGCCGAAGAUUCGUAAGAAGAACCUAUCACUCGAUGGGGCCGAAUUAUCUAUGGCAUGCUGAUGGUUACGACAAACUUAAGCCGUUCGGCUUGGCCCUGUCGGGGUGCAUAGAUGGGUUUUCGCGGAAAAUAUUGUGGCUUGUAUGUGGGCCGACAAAUAACGACCCAUCAGUCAUUGCUCACAAUUUCCUGUCUUGUGUACGAAACCUCGGUGUUGUACCUAUGAGAUUGAGGACUGAUUGUGGCACAGAGAACGGCACUAUGGCCGCAAUUCAGUGUACCCUACGCCAACAGCACACAGACUACUUCUCAGGAGCGUCUAGCCACAUGUACGGCUCAUCCACAAACAAUCAACGCAUUGAGUCGUGGUGGUCCAUAUUUAGAAAAGGAAGGUCUCAGUUCUGGAUGGAGUUAUUUGCUGACCUCAGAGAUGCAGGGCAUUUCAAUGGAAGUCAUGAGCAUCAAUGCUUGGUGAGGUUUUGCUUCACUGAAGUCCUGCAGAAGGACCUGGAUGAAUGUGUUACUCUGUGGAACAGUCACAGGAUUCGCACAUCGAGAACAGCAUCAUGUCCUGGGGGAGUGCCCAAUGAACUGUACUACUUACCACACAGGUUUGGCUCCAGGGACUGUGGGUUUGGAAUUCAACAGACAGAAUUGGAUGUCUUCCCUGAGGCAAGACUGUCAAUCAGUCCAUGUGGUGACCCAGACAUCCAGGAGUACUUGGACUUUGUUAUGGAGCACAUUCAGCUGCAGAUGCCAAAUAACUGGGAGGCAGCAUCAGAACUGUAUCUACAGCUUAAAGACAUUGCACAGCUAUAACUGUUCUGAUCACAGAUAUUAACUGUAACUUUUGGAGUUCAGCUGGAAAAGAUCUGACCCAAAUAAUGAGAAAUAUUGUAAAAUCAUAAAUAUAUAUAUAUUUUUUUGCAAAUAUGAACAAAAAUGCUUCAAGAAUUGUAUAUCUGAAUCUACAAUAAACCUGAAUUCAUUUAAGGAAACUGUCCCGAAGUAACCUCAGGGGGAAAAUGCUUACAUAGCUACAUGCAACUGGCCAUCAUUACAAACAGAGAUCACAAAUGUAAAUAUAAAGAAUGUGUUUAGCUAUUUUAAAUUGCAUCCAUUGGUAACACAAAUGUGCAAAUGCACAACAACUUGUAUACACCCUGUA